CUCUAUCUUGAGUGGCGCCUGUGGCAGGUUGUUCUAUGUGUGGCUGCCCUUGCCAUGGGGUCACUGCUGUGCUAGUUAAUGCUGGCCAUUCUGGGUUUGUUUCAGAUGAAUGCAUGCAAGUUACAUGCAGCACAAUGCCGGUGACUGUUGAAAGAAAAUGUAAAGAAAAGUGGAUCAGUGUAAAGAUUAAUUCUGCAAAAGGCACUCUAGGGAGUUUGACUCUUCUGACAAUGGGUAUCGCACAUGAUGGACAGAUGGACAGACAGACACUUGCUUGAGGACAUUGCAGCUGUUUUUGCAGCCACUACUUCAUCCUGCUAAGUAUAACCCUAACUUAAAAAAAAGGUGUAUUUGCACAAAUAAAUAUAAAUCUCUGUCUUUUAGGCAUGUAUAACAGAUUUUUUUUCAGCAUUCGCUUUGUGGUGACAUGUUGAUAAACAGCUAUGUGUGGGGACAGUACAUCAAAUGCAUAAUGUUAACACAGCUGGCACUGAAACAGUCAUCAAAUUCCUGUUGCUAUGGAAACACUGUUUUCUGAGUCUUAUGAAACAAACCUAAAAUGGUUCCUAUAGCUGAGCAGGUGAACAAUCAGCAGUGUGUAUAGAGUGAGUGUGGGUGCACAUUUAUGUCUGUACCAAUACCUUGAAUGUCACACUUAUUGUGCGAUCUCUCUGAUACAGUCAAUGUGGAGGUGAAAUAUAAUAUUAAGGGUCAUUUGAAGGGAUGAAUUAUAUACAACACAAGAUCUGCCACUUACUGCCAUUGGACUAUGCAUUAUGUUUAGUUAGUAGGAAGUAAAUUUUACUGGCACUGUGUCACGCUGGAUGUAUGUUCUUGUGUUCAGAAAUACAGCUAGUAUUAAAUGCAACAGUCUGCAGUGUUAUGGUUAAACUAAACUAAACUUCAGAUGACAAAAAUUGUUGGCAAACUGGGAUGUAUGAUAUGAAAAGGCUACUGAUGCAUUAUGUUAUAUUUUGAAAUUUGUUGUUUACACACAGCUAAGGGUAAGGGAGGCUUGGAUUAAGAGAGUAAAGGCAUAUAUGUACAGUAUUCAUAUGUUCCCACUGAGCAUUUUUUGGUCUAAAAGAGGUCUGAUAGAAGUCUAAAUGUAGCCUAGACGACUGGUCUAAAAUCAGGCUACCACAAGUCUAAAAUUGAAAUUGAAGUCUAUAUCUAUACUAAACAGUAUAUUGCUCAACGACUAUGAUAAUUACUUUGGUUAAGUACUUGGAGAUCAGUUGUGCAACUCACAGUUGCUUUUUGAAAUAAAUAGUUAUCAAAUAAUGGGUUAACAUACAUUAAUGCAAUGUCUAAAUUCUGUCUAAAAAUAACAGAAUCUAGACGGUUGAAAUUAGGUUUUAAAAAAAAUAGAUGUCUAAUUGCUGUCUAUUACUCAGUGGGUUGAUAUCGCAUACCUUACCAUUCCAAAUGUAAUCCUUAUUGUUCAUACACGGAAACAAAGCACAGUGUUUUCUUUGCUGUGAACUGAAGCACUGCUGUGCAUGUAAUAAUGUCUUUUUCCAUUUCAAGCCAUAAUCCAGCCACUAAACUGUCAAAUUAAGCAUGCUCACUGGACGAAUGUCAGAGGUCCAUAUGUUUGUAGUGAUUCCUAUUCCACUGAUGUUGUUGCUGAUCAGACUGUGAAUGUGUGCAGAGAUCGCAUUAUUUGCACAUUUGCAAAGUCAUGGCAACUUGGAAUAAUGAUCAAAUUACACUACCAGCCAGUAAAAUUCUUGGUGCGUUUUUCACACUGUGUAUCUAUUUUUCAGAGCAAGUGGUGACUAACAAACCCAGGCAUGUUACAGAACAGUGCAGCAAAGAAAUACUUAAUAUAAACUAUAACAUUUGAGAUCAUACUUCUUCAGUUUAGGAGCCUAAAUGACACUGCUGACAUGAUUUGGUCAGUCUAUGUGAAGGGUACAUAAUUGCCAAAUUAGCUUUGAGAGAGAGAUGAAAGAUGAUUGAGUAGUGCAUUAAAAUGUAUACAUACAGUAUGUAAGCCCUUUUGAUUUUCAACAUUUUGAUUUCACAGAUUUUUCUCAAUUUCUGUAUAAUAUACAGUUGUUUGAAUUUGGUAUCCACUUGGGAAACCCUGGAAUAAAACUAAUUUAUAGUAACAUGUUCCUGUGGUCCAGUUGACCCAGUAAAGACUCCUCAAAGAAACCCUCACUGCUCUUCUCCAUAAGAUGCAUUCAGGCAGGGAUCUAUCUGCUCAAGGCUAUCAGAACAGCCUUGCCCUGCCAGAUGUUGUGACCGACUUUGCUUGUCUGUUUUGGACGGAUUUCCUAGACUCCCUCAGCUUUGGCCAAAAAUAGUGCAGCCUGGCUGGGCACAGUGUGAUUUUUGCUACAGAUGAUUUUAUUCAUAGUUGUUUUGUUGCUGAAACAAAGAUGUAGUUUACAGCCAAUAUUCCUCUUUGCUGAACUAAAAGCAGUGCCUGUUAAAUAUUCCGUGGUGUCUCUCCAGUUUCUUUUUUGGUACAUGAACACAAGGCCUCUAAUUCCUUCACUGCCUGAUUAUAAUGUUGUUAUCUUUGGACUCUACCCCAAAUCUCACACAAGGGAGCCAUGACUACUGACCUAGCAAUUCCUCUUUAGUCUCCUUAUUAUGACUCACUUGCUUCUUCAAUAUGCUCCCUUUAAAAUUCAAGUUUAACAGAUUAACAUAAGGAUAUUUUCUGAAACUCUUUGCACUAUUUGACACUUAAGACAGAGAUUAAUGAUGGUGUCAUUUGCCUAUGAGGUAGACUUAUCAAUCAACUAAAAUAACAGCAUUGGACUCUUUCAUAUACACAAUUGUUUGAUUCUCUAUGGCAUGCCAGUCAGUGUUUUUAAGUUUGACCUGCUUUUAUCUGUACUAUAAAACCUGUACUCCAUAAAAACACAGAGGAGAAAAUAGUAUAGUUUAACUGUUGGUGUUGCUAUUUUUGAGCUCUUGUGCAGUGAUUGAAACCUUACUCUGUUCAUAAAGGAGAGUGUGUGUGAGUGCAGUGGGGGCACUGACAUAGACACAUAAAUGUUCUUGAUUUAUUCUAUUAUACGCACAAGAGGGGGAUGUUCGUCUAAAGUUGUAAUUUCAUGCACUAACAAAAAAAGUGCCACUUGCACAGCCCAAAUGGUUGGUUGUUAGCAUUAAUCCCUCCUCUUAUAUGACCAUUGGCUAAUCAUGAUAUAGAACUUCUGGACACUCCGGAGGCAGCCAAUCAGAUUUCAAGGGGUCAGCGACACCCCUCGCCACCUCUCUGGACACUAGAAAACCACACAGGCGGAGCCGGCCCAAGGCAUAAGCGAUCUGAGUGCCUGUUUAGGGCUCCGCAGCUAAUAAGGGGCCCCAAAAGCAAUCAAAAAGAAAAAAGAAAAACAAUUAUAUUUUUUGCAUGUAUGAGUGAUGCUUUCUGUAUGAUCAAAUAUAUAUUAUUGUAAAAAUAAAAUAAAGUAAAAACAUUUUAGUGCUGUUGCUGAUGCAGACCUAUGAUUCUUACUGCCAAUAUGUCAAAGCUCCGUUACCGUUAUGUGCCUGACAUAUCCUUCAGGAGCAGAGAAAAAGAGGAAGAAGAGAAAAAAAACGCCAAGAUAAAGGUAUGUUUGCAUGUCAGGGAAUGUUAAUCAAAGAGAUUUGUGAAGGUGUGUGAAUGAUCAACAAUCAAUAUUAUAGGCAGAAAUAGAGGGCCCCAAAAACAAAUUCUGCUUAGGGCCCCAUUGAGGCCUGGGCGGCCGGCUCUGCAUACAGGUGACACUGACUGAGAGCUUUUGAAGAGGGUCCUAUGUCUUUGUUUCACAUUGCUUUUUUUCUGUCCAUGUAAGGUUAGCAAAAAUCAGGUUUCAAGAAAAAAAUAUUCUUAUGAUUAUUCUUGUAAGAAAACUAUUUGAUGCUGUUUUAAUUCGUAGGAAACAACCAUUUCAGAAAAAAACAUGGUGAGUACAUGUAUCAUUCUGGUUCAGGGCAAUUACUAAAUAUCAACAAGAAAGAAACAAGCUAACACUCUCACUCAUUGCCACAUAGAGUUUUUCUAAAUCAAUAUGUUUCUGUCACUGGUCAUUUUUCACCUUGGUUUCCCUCUUGCAUGUUUGACUACAUCAUGGAGCUUAUAGAGCUACUGGUUUGAAAGAUAUAUUCACAUGAGGGUGUGGCCCCAUCUUCAAUCACCUAGAAAAAGACUGAAAGGCCCAAAUUUGGAAUAUUUCAGUCAAGAAGCUCUAAAACAUGAUAGAUUUGGUAAAAGAGUAAAAAUGAAAAAGGUUGUACAGUGGUUCAGAUGAUCAAAUACAAACAAAAGAGGUUUGCAAGAUUGAUGUGAGGUUGUGUGUGAAUUAAUAAUGUAAAUUAAAUGUAUGAUGUGGCGUAUGUGUGAGGAUGAGCAUGCAUUUUUUUUUGUAUGUCAUCUGGUCACAUAAUUUGGCUGCAGCGACAACCUAACCCAACCUUGUAGUAAAAGAACAGUGAGAUUUCACCAAAAACAAGGCAAGAAAGGGAGGACAAGUAUAUAGAGUGUUAGAAUGAUGUACUUAAACUUCCUAAUAAUGCCAAAACGAGUUCUCUUCAAGCUCGGCACUGACCAAAAAAAGUACCAAUCAAUAAAACAGAAACAGCAAGCAGCAACACAAUCCCAUGUGGGCAGGAAGCACUUAACUUCAACAGAUGUGCUCUAUCAGCUCUCACUGAGGGCACCUGGCUCACCUCUGCAUAAAGAAACAGUCUGUGAAAUAGGUCACUGAAGCAGCUGUGUUACCAAAACACAGUAAAUCCUGCGUACCUUUGUCAUCAACCACACGCAAUUGGGGGGAACGGCUGGAAUUUGAUGAAAUGCCUACAACAAUGAAACAGGUGAAUCAUCCUAAAUCAUAUGGGGGGAUGCAUAAUGCGUUAAGAGAAAGUAGGUCAAACACAAAUUUCCAAUUGACUCAAUGGUAAAGUGAUAAAAGCAUGUUAAUUUAUGAAUUUUAUUCUCUUGUCGCAUCAUAUUGCGACAAAAUGUUACAAAAGUGGCAAUCAACGCCUCUCUAAGAGCUAUAAUAACAGUUAAAAUAUCUGAGAGGUGUUGUAUUGGUGUUGUCCAUGGCUGCAAAAUCUUGUGCAUUUUGUCACCAGAUGUUUGCAUUUAAGGCCCUGAGGAUUCAAAAUACCCUUUUUUUGCACAAACCUGAAAGCUUCACACAAUUUCCCCCCUCCCAUCUUUAAACCCCUGGGUUAUUUUUCCAUGUAACACAUUAACACCUGUGGACAAUCUAAAUCUUCCACCUGGGAGGAUAUGCAAACCCCAUACCACUGUGGUGAAGUGCUUAUGUAUCCACAAUUUUAACAUGUUGUCCCUCAAAUGAAGGGUUGGGGAGCUAGUUCCUAGAAAUUCAUCAAAAAUCUGUCAGGGAGGGGGUAACUGUUGCAUUUAUUUACAAUUAAUGUGAAUUUUGCAAUCAGAGAAACAGGCUGGAUUGUUCUCAGACAAAGACAAACACUUCAGCUCUGCACCACGUCCAGUCUCAUUAUUUGUUUUCAAAUUCAUAAGUCGAUUUUAGCAGGCUGUCAUCUUUCUUGUCUCCGUGCCCAUAUAUAACCCUAUAUCAUGCCUCUCCUCGGGAGAUAUGGGCUGCUAUAGCCUUUAGAGAGAACAUGAGACUCCUGCUUUGUGGGGUCCACCACGGGCAUCUUAAAUACGAUUAUGUGACCUGACAGUCCGGGGUCUACCACUGACAGUGAUCCAUGUGGAGGGAAGCUUGUGAUUGUCAGUGCAAUGCUUUCAUUCUGCUGCGCUUUGCCCAAAUGCUCGCCAUGCGGUGGGCUGCGCCACAGAAUCGCUACCGGCGAAUUACCCAUCCUUACGAUUCCAGUCCAGACAAAGAGACAAACAUGAGCAUGUCCCCAAACAUGUGUCUCUCUGCGUGUGUGUGUGGCUGCGAUUGUUUCCAGCUUGUGUCUCUCAUUUAAAAGGAGGAGAUGUGAUGCUGACUAUUUGCAGAUUGGUUGUGACCUUGCCUUCAGGAGCAGCAUGAGUCUGGAUAAAUUCAACACCGGUGAAUUCAAUGGUUCAUCCACGUAUUUGGGCUACAUUUUCCAUUUCACUGAUUUUAACAAAGAUGUUUUCCAGCCACGUGCUGCACCGUAAUUGUGAUUUUUUUAAUGAAUGAGUGGUGUAGUGGACUACACUACAUGUAUAUUUAUGGUCAUAUGGAGGGGGUGCAUUCAUGUGUUGGUCGUCUAUUAGCUUCAGACCCCGACACCGACAUCGCCAUGAAGGGAUGAGAGGAGAGAAAAGGGUGGGGGGAGAAGGAGGAGGGGAGCUGCGCCACAGUGAAGAGGAGAGAGCAGGAGUCUGAGAGCGCGCUAGGGUGGGAUACUGUCCUCAUACAGUCAAGUCAGCGUCAUUUCAUUGCCCCAUUUCCGUAUGUACUUUCAAAAUAAAAGCUUGGUUGAUGCGUAUUCAUUCUACUUUAAGCUUUUAAUGAAAUACUCUGCAAAUAUACAAGGUAUCAUGCACUUUAAAACAAAAUUAAAUGGAAACGAUUUGCACUGGAGCGCCAAUAACUCGUUGAUCCUGUUAAUAACUUAUAUAAACUUGCAAGUUAUGUGAAAGGACAAUGAGAAAUUCAAUAAACACUCUAGAAAAACUCUCUAUUUCAGUAUUUAACGGUGCCAACAUGCAUUUUGACGUGUCUUGAGUUUCUCGGCAUAAGUAAGCAAACUGAAUUAGCUGAGGGAAAGGAGGUGACGCUUUCUGCUAAAUUAUUUUGAAGGAAACACACACUUUUCCGGUUUAAUUUGUUGAAAAUUCCCCUGUCUUUACAGAUCUCACAGCUCCAGCGGCAGGGAAACACACCCGUCAGCAGCGCGCACUGGAGACAAAAAGCGCAUCACGGACAAAGGAAAUAUGGGUGCGCUGGAGAGGAUUCACCUCAGCCGGGUAACACAAUGGAUGAGCCGCUACUGUUUCAUUACCAGAAGACCAAUUAGCCCACCUUAAUGAGGUGCUGGGAUGCAAGAUACUGCAAGCUAAAAAGGCGGAAGGCUGCGUUUAAUCCGUCUGCGGAUCCUAUGAGCUUGCAAUGGCUGUGGCGGGGAUAUGCAACUGGAUAGGGAAUAAUGUGCCUUUUUAUUUUGUGAUAUUUUCCUUGUUUUGUGGCCUUUCGUUUGGACAGUUACGAUAUUCUAUCACAGAAGAACUGGAAAAUGGGGCACUGGUCGGUGAUUUGGCGCAUGACUUGGGGCUGGAUAUUCGAAAGCUCGCCACCCGAAAAAUUAAGGUAACCUCUAACAGCGGCAAACGCUAUGUGAUUGUCAACCCCAAAAAUGGGAAAUUACUUGUCAAUGAGAGGAUUGACAGGGAGGCAUUGUGUGAUCUAUCAAACACCUGCCUCAUUAAUCUGGAGGUGAUGGUUGAAAACCCCUCUGAGGUACACCAUGUCGAGGUGGAGAUUGUGGACGCCAAUGAUAAUGCGCCGCAGUUCCCCAGAGAUGAGUACCAACUGGAAAUCACAGAAUCUGCUUUACCAGGGUCUCGUUACCCCAUUGAAAAUGCAGAAGAUCCAGACAUUGGGUCCAAUUCUGUGCGCAUGUAUCAGCUGAGCACCAACGACCAUUUCGCUCUGGUGUCCAACAAACCCUCCCUCAAUACAAAGCACAUCGAGCUCGUGCUCAAGAAGCCCAUUGAUCGAGAACAGACGCCUUACCACCAGUUAAUUCUAAGUGCUGUGGAUGGUGGGACACCAGAGAAAACAGGCACGGCUACAAUCAAUGUCCGGGUCCUGGACACAAAUGACAAUAUCCCCACGUUUGACAGCUCAGUGUACAAGGUGAAACUGUUAGAGAACUCGCCCAAAGACACUCUGGUAAUUAAACUGAAUGCCACUGAUCUGGAUGAGGGCACCAAUGGAGAGAUUUAUUACUCUUUCAGCAGCUACACUCCAGAGAGAGUGAGGCAGAUGUUCAGCAUGGACACAAACACUGGAGAGAUAAGAGUGAGGAGCAAUGUUGAUUAUGAAGAGACUAACUCCUAUGAGAUGUACAUCCAAGCGAUGGAUAAGGGCCCUGGGGCGAUGGCAGCACACUGCAAGGUGGUGGUGGAGGUAGUGGAUGUGAAUGACAAUGUCCCUCAGAUAGUGCUGUCAUCUCUGUCGAGCCCUGUGAGGGAGGACGCCCGUGCAGACACAGUUGUGGCCCUCAUUAGUGUUACUGAUCGAGACUCCGGCGCUAACAAGCAGGUGAGCUUGGAGAUCCCAGCAGGCCUUCCUUUCAAGAUCAAAUCAUUCAGAAAUUACUACACUCUGGUUACCUCUGCCUUUCUGGACCGAGAGACCACCGAUGCCUACAAUGUCACUCUGAGUGCCACAGAUGGUGGGAACCCUCCCCUUUCCUCCCAGAAGACCAUACAGGUAGAUGUGGCCGAUGUGAAUGACAACCCACCCAGGUUUGAGCAGACUUCCUACACUGUAUAUGUGACAGAGAACAAUGCCCCUGGGGCCUCUUUGUGUACUGUGAAAGCGCAGGAUGCAGACAUUAAAGAAAAUGCGCGCAUCACCUACACAGUGCUCAAUGACAACAACCAUGGCAUCCCUGUCACCUCGUAUGUGUCUGUGAAGGCCGAUACAGGCGAGGCUUACGCCCUGCGAGCCUUUGACUAUGAAUCACUGAGAGAGUUUCACUUCCAGGUCAAAGCUCAAGAUGGGGGCAUUCCCCCACUCAGCCGAGUUGCCACCGUCUACAUCUACAUCAUGGAUCAGAACGAUCACGCACCAUUAAUAGUCAACCCUCCCGGCAAUGGUACACGCUCCUUGGAAACAGUUCAAAAGAACACAGAGCCUGGUGCCUUGGUGACCAAAGUUGUAGCCUAUGAUGCAGACGCAGGUCCAAAUGCCUGGCUGGUUUAUGUGCUGGAGACAGCCACUGACCUGGACUUGUUCAAGGUACAUGAACACACCGGUGAGAUCAGGACCACUAGAAGGAUCAUGGAGGACAACUCCACCUCCUUCACUCUGACUGUUCUGGUGAAGGACCACGGGCAGCCUGCCCUUUCCUCCACCGCCACCAUCAACGUAGCCGUCAUGGAAGUUCCACCUAAAGCUGUUCCUGACACCAGGAAGAUCAUGAAACCCCACAGCACCCUGCUGUUCUCCAACGUGACUCUCUACCUGAUUGUCGCUUUGAGCGCCACCACCUUCGUGUUCCUCGUCACUGUGGUGGUGUUGGCCAUCGUUCGGUGUCACGCCUACUGCACCCAGCCUGGGUCAUGCUCCCCUUGCUGUGGGUCACAGAAGCCCCCUCCAGAUGGUGGGAGCAGCAGUGUAAGUGCUGGUGGGGCUGCUGCAGCUGCCGGAGCACAACCUAAUAACAAUGUGGUGCUUCGUAGAGACCUUAAAGUUGAGCCUCACUACAUCGAAGUGCGUGGGAAUGGAUCCCUCACAAAGACUUACUGCUACAAGACCUGUCUGACCGCCACCUCUGGUAGUGAUACGUUCAUGUUCUACAACACAGGACGUCCCAUCAGUGGCACCUGGGGCAGUGGUGCUGACCGCUUCUUCACCAGUGGAAGUGGAUUUGUACGCAGACUGAGUAUGCCUGAUGCCUCGCUGCAAAUCUGCCCAGAGGUUUGUCAUUAAUUUUUCAUCUCCACCUUUCUACACAUUACUAGAAGGAUAUGAAUCAUUAUGUUGUUAGAUUGAAUGACAUUUUAGGUAAUUACAAACAACAGUAGACCAUUUUAGAUGCAUGUGAAACAGGAUUCUUUAUGGCUUUCGCUAAAGUUUGCACUGAUUUUGUCAGAUGUUGGUGCUGCAGGGCGAUGAUAUUCCUUCACGCCAAGUUUGAUCCCCUCCUGCAGUGAAUUGAAUCCUUGCAGGCCUCAUCUCUCUUUGUUCAGUUCCCACUUGUACCGUGCAGUCGCUGAGCCCAGCCCAGCUCAGCACUCACUCUGCAUUAGUGUCAGGUCUGAUGCUUUUCAGGCUCCUGUGUUAUUUCUGAUGAUUCAGAGAUUUGUGUUUCACUUUGAGGGUUGUCAUCACAUCUACAUUAAGAACAGGUCAUGUAGUCUUCAGUACUUGCUCAUUCUCUGUGCUAGUGGGUUUGACUCGUGUGUGUGUGGGGGGGGGUUAGUGUGUCUCUGUGUGAGUAAAACUGUUACAGUGGAGCACUUGGGGGUUAACUGACUUGAUCAAAGGCCCUGCAGGAGUAGCUGAUGUUGCCUGUGACAGGGGUCUUAAAGGUCAUGGUCUGUUUGUCUGCAAAGAUGCAUUACCAGUGCAAAAUGCUGCAAUGAUAUAAUCUUAACUCUUGAAAAAAUGGCCCACCAGACAACAGUAUGUGAUCUUGUGACAGUGUUUGUACAAGUAAUAUCCAAUUUCCCAAGAAAUGCAAAAAAAAAAAAAAAAAGCAAUCAAAUCUUAAACACUCUAAACAAAGAAGUCUAAAUUCAGAAUAUUGCUGUUGUUCAUUCUUAACUAUCCCACUGAGGAAAUCCUGCUUAUCUGCUUUUCCAGCCAUGCAUGCACUAUUUUCCUGCUCCUACAUCUUCAUGUCUUGACUCUUGAUGAGUUUAGGUUUACUUCCAGCUUCUAGGCUUCAUGAUAGAUAUCCUGCCUUUAUGCUAGAGGAAUAGACUGGAUUAGAUGUUCAAUAACAGGAUUGAUAUUGCUGUAAACAUCCCAUUGUCAAGGAGAAGUCUCCCACAGUUUAGAGGUUAUCACUGGAUGCAUCAUCUUCAUUAUCAGCUGCCAGUCACCAGUACAUUAGUUAUAGGAAAACCUCUUCCAGUACCAGGACAAGUGUAUCCAUGUAGAUUAGAUUAACCUCCAGCCUCUGUCCCUCAGCCCGGCAAAUUAGAUUUGGUCAAAGAGGCUGGGUCUACCAGCAGAAAAUACUCCCCUCUGAAUUGGAAAUAGGGAACAUAAUGUGCCACCUUUAUCUGGAACACUUGCCACUUCUGAGCGGGUACAGAGCAGCUUUUGUUAUUCAGCGCUCUCAAGGUCCAAGGUCAAAACCCACAUGAUGCUGACACAUUUUAGCAUGAGCUGUCAUACAGAUGUUCUAAAUCAUUUCACACAGCGUCCGUGUGCACAUUAGCCACACUGGAAGAGCGUGAUUACAAAAGGGUUACUCACAAAAAGCGCCAGGAGAGAAAACCUCAUUAUAAACAUGACUCUUUACCCUGUUGAAGCAAUUUGGAUUUGAAGUCUUAAUCAUUAAGAAAAUGUUGGUAAUGUGACAGGUAAAUGUAUGAGAAGUCUCAGCUUAAUGAAGUCAGUAGCUGAAAGCUGUAACCUUAAAACAAUUGAUAGACUUAUUUAGUCUUUUUUAACCUCUAGCCAGAAAACUCAUACUAUUAAUAUUUUAUGGCUUCUCUGAGAAAUACAUUCUGACAUCUGCUAGGCCAACAUCUCACGACUUAUUUGGGCUGAUUGUCGAUACAGAUUUAUUAAUAUUUUUGCACUUAAAUGCAAACAUCAUCCAGUGUCUCUUGGUCCAUGUUAAACAAACUAAAUGUGAUUGUCUUAUUGUCAUGAUUCGAAGUAGAGACACACAUGCAAUACCAUGUUUUUAGAAACAUACAUUAGGAUACCUUCUUAACUUAUAAGCUCCUUUCAGUAACUCUAUUUCAGUUUAAGUUCUGAAUCAGAGUCAGCUUCAUUGGCCAGGUAUGCAAACACAUACAUGGUAAAUUUAGCCCUUUAUGUACAAACAUUAAACAUCAAAUGUUACGAAAAUUACAAGCAGGUAGUAGUGCAAUAGUGCAAUGUUCUGGCCCCUGCAGACACAAUGAAACAGCUUUUUUCUUUGCUAAGCUUGCCUGACGCGUGUGUGGUCUCAGGGUUUAAAAAUCACAUUAAAGAAAUUGUCAGUCUUGUUGCUAAUGGUCUUGUAGGUCAUAAAGAGGCAUCACUGUUAAUUUCACUCUGUUUCAUAACCCGCUAAAAACCUCUCACAGGAGUUUUAAGAAAAGACAGCCACCUACUGUUUCAGAGUGUGUUGUGUAUGCCUUUAAAUGACCUGAAUAGUAAAAGGAUUACAAUGAUUCAGCAAAACAACCUCAUCAUGUAUGCAAUAUGCAGUUGACCUCUCAUACUGGCGGACAUAUUUACUUAAAGGCCAUGGCCAAUACUUGAUUCAAAAGCCUCUAACAGAGUUAAAUCAACCGCUGAUGAUACACUGAUAUUAUGGAGCAUCCUUCUUGAAUAUUCAUCAUUCAAAAGGUAAUAAGAUGAUGCAACCAGUUAAUAGUUUGAACACUCUAUUGAUUAGUUGGCUUAACUCUACACCUUAGCAGUACCUGUAAAGGGUUUACCCUCUCAUGUAUACAGGACCAGGACUAGGAUGUGGCUGCCAUGGCGAUUAUUGCUCUUGCUUAUUGGCUUUGCAAGGCAGUAAUAUACCAGAGGUCUUCUGGGAGUGUCAAGCACUCAGCCCACGCAGGUUCAUGUGGAGUCGACAGAUUUACACAAACAUGUACUCACAUCAGUCUAUACAAACAGCCCGGCACUCGGGGAAAGAGCAUCACUCUCCUGGCUCUCACAUUGAAAGAGCCAUGAAGUGAGUGUGUCCAAAACUCAUCAAUACAGUGUUCAGUUAGUGGUCUUUUUAAAGUCAUCCUGUGUCCGUGACUGUGGGUGGAUAUCAAUAUGUAUGCAUGAGAGUGUGUGUGUGCAUGCAAACAGGGGACGAUCGCAGUGUUCCUAUCACGUCCAGAACUGGGAUGUGUAUCAUGAUUAAUUGAUGAGACCAUGGCCCGGCCUGGAUCUGCACAGUAUGAGAUCAAACUAAACUCUCUCUCUUUCCCUCCUCUUUUUCCCCUCCUUUCUCUCUCUCUCUUUACCUCUUGCUCGCUCAGCCGAAAGCUCCUAAUGCUGACUGGCGAUAUUCUGCAUCUUUGAGGGCAGGGGUGCAGAGGUAAGCACUUUCUGUCUUUAACUCUUCUGCGAUAUGAUCAUCUGGUAAAAGUAUCACCUAUUUCUCCUGCUUGCUUGUCUCAUGUGUCAUAACCUUGUCUGAUUACUCUUAAACCCCAGCUGGGAUGUGUAGUACGUCAUAGGAUAUGUUCACGGACAUUUCAGACUUCCCACAGAUACCUGCAUGAGAAAUGAAAGAAGGCACUAUUACACAGCACAGCAAAAUCUGAAUCUGCCACCAUUAAAGAUAAACAUGAAAGUCCCCUCAGUAUGUGUCUGAACCCCUAACCCUGUCCUCUUCCUUUGGGGAAAAGCCUCUUUUCUCGCUCCCUUCAGUGGAAGCACAGCACUCCUCCUCUGCAGUGUAAUACUAUAUAGGUCAUCUACAUUCUGAGUGUCGCUUCCCCCAGUUACAGUCUUUAAGCAGGAAGCGUGAAGGACAAACGAGCUGACUAUGACCUUUCUCAGAUUAUCAGAUGCACACAUGCAUCAGCGUCUGCACAUAUGACUGACCAUCAUGCACACAUGUGUUCAUUUCUGUGUGUAUUUCUAUAUUUUCUAUCCAGGAAUGAGGUUGAAGACAGCAGAGGACAUUUUAGCCUCCUUGAAGCCACACUUGGAGGAGUUUCAUGCAGUCUGUUUUUGCACAUACAGCUUCAUUUGGGCUUAUUGCUUGACCAAAUCCCAAUUACAGAUUGAUAGAAGUAUACACCAUGUAUGAUUUAACACAAUUUGGCAAUUAUUAGACAAAAACAAGGCCUAAUUAUGUCACAGGGAACAUUUGCUAAUGGGUUCAAAUUUGGCAUCUCACUACAAUAAUGAGCAGGUUUCUAAGAUUUGGGUUAAAAGUGUAUCAGGGGUAUAAAUUAAAAUUUUGUGUAAGAGAGUAAAAUAUUUGAGUAUUCCCUUCUUUGUCUGAUUAAUGAAGCACUACACGUGUAAGCUAUCUCAUUACUGCAAAAUGGGGAAUAGUGGAAUUUAGAGAAUGUGAAAACAACUGUAUGAAAUAGUUUUUUUGUCUUCAUCUGUCAGUUUUAAUUCUGUAAUGAUCUGUUCUCAAAAGUUGGACUGAAAUACAUAAUGAAGUGUUUUGCUUAUUUAAAAAGAGGACAGCUGGAACAUCAGGGACUAAUGAGUUUUACCUCCACAUGUUUAUCAUUUGCACUGAAUCUCCAUAAUUUCAUGCUAACAAUGCUCACCACUCAGUUGUGCAGUCUUCUGCUCUGUCUAAGUUUGAUUUAAUUGGAUAUUAGUGUUAAUUUCUAUGGUGCGGAGGGUAUCAUAAUGUGCAUCAUGUCAUCAAGUCUCUGUAACAUGACAUGGAUUAACAUAAAUCAUCGUCGCAAUUUGUCGCCGCCAUCUCUGGAAUGGCAGAGCCUGUAACACACACAGACACCCUUCACACACUCGUAUUAACUCUUAGCCCCAACACACGCAUGCUGUAAUGUAUCACACUACACACAGAUCUGAAGGAUCACCAGAAUUGACCCACAUUACUGCGUGGUGUAGCCAGUCAGUGUAAGAAACUACUGGUCCUAGCUGAGUCUCACUCUCACGCAUUACACCAGUACCUUUGCUUGUUGUAAAAGCUAGAAAACCCUCACGGCUCAAAAUAUACACACUUAUUUUAUAUGCAUAAAAAACUCUUGUUCAACAUUUUAGAUGUGUUGCAGUCUGAGAUAGGUUCAGGAUGUGCUGCAUUGCAGAGGCUUCAGUCAGCGUCUCCUAUAGAGUAAGGGCUAUAUACAUUAUAAAUGUAUGGGAGGCAAUACCCAAGCCUCCAGCGGAAAAUGCAUGCAGUUACACCUGACUUUGUGUAGUUAUUUCAGUAAUAUGUUUUUAAUUCAUGGAUAGGAUUUCAAUCAUUGAAUGUUUCUGUGUGUUUGUACUUUCUAAGUGUUACUAUGUCUGAGAGAAACCGUAGGAUGUUUUUAGCUUAUUACUGUAAAUCAAGCAAGCAAAAUUUUAUUAUUACUUUGCUUUCCCCCUAAUAUUUACAAACUGCACAAAUAUUCUCCCAAAAUACAACUUAUUUCAGGUACUUUGGUCCAAUUUAAGUGGAGUUUUUCUUAUUUUGGUACACAGAUGUGUUUAAUAUCUGAUUCUGAUGGGUCCGCAUUCUCCAUAGCAAUGAUCUGAUUGCUAUGAAGAGUACAACUUUGGUUGGAAAAAGAGAAACAAGAGAGGUUAAACUGUAACAGGAAAAAGAAAUCUAUUCAACUGAAGAUUAAGCAAGAGUAAAAGGCUGUAUGGUAAACAGCAUGGUAGACAACAGUGUUUAAAGACUGAUAAAUGAAAAAGAAAAGUGACAGGACUGAGAAACUGGCUCAUAUACUGUAUGUGGCGCUGAUUCAUAAGUUCCUCUUCAAUAGGUUUUACAUUACGACCAGUGGAAAGGUCCAGCUAGCUAACAGCUAGUUUUGCCUAUUCCAAGAAGGCAACAGAGCUCACUGUGAGGAUAAUGGACUGUUUUCCACAUAAGAAACAAAACAGAUUUCACAUGAUUAAAAUUAAAAGUAAGAAGUAAGAAAGAAGCUUAGGUUAAUAUAUAGUGGAUGGGUUGUUUUAUUAAAGGGACACUUUCAGACAGUGUCUCGACUGAGAUCAGACCCAGGUUAACAGUUUCCCCUUUUUCAGUCCUUGUUCAGAGCGAGCAUAACUGGCUGGUGGUAGUAGCUUUGUAUUUGAGACAUAUAAAAAAAGUACAUCCUGGGCAGGUUAUAGCAGAUCAGAAUUCAAACAGGGUGAGCUGGACCCUGUACACACAGCACAUUACCUCUUCCAUACUUCAGGGUCCUCUCUGUUAAAUAUGAACUUACAGGCACCUGACAAAACACAAUAUAGCUCCACAUUCACAGUUUUUUAACUAGUCUGUAAAGGAAAUAGUGAAGGAAACAAGGUCCUUAAUCAGAAUCACUAAACCCAAACUAGAUUGGCCUAGAGAGUUUUCAUACUUUUUAAAACACAGUAUCAGAUUUGUGAAAUCUCAGGUUUCCCAAUCUAACUGCAUUUUUAAAAAAGUCUGCAGACUCAGGGAUAAUGUAGUUUUGACAAGUCAGGGUCUAGUGAUUCUGGGUAAGGACUCGGUUUUCCCUCACUGUCUCCUUUACAGACAGACGCUGUGAAUCAGAUGUUAGCUCCAUCAGCCAGUUAUGUUAGCUUUGCUAAAACAGCAAAAAAGAGGGUCAUUGGUAGCCUGGCUGUGUCCAACUUUAAUGAAAUAUGCAUUUAACCACCUUCAAAGUUCACUAAAAACAUGUUAUGGCUCAUUUGUUUAAAAACAGAGCUGUAAAAAGGACAAAAUGUGGUUUCAUAGGGGUGUUACGUGUGGGUCCAUAAAACUUCAAGAACUCCACUUUGGUGCCAUCCAGAGAGUCGAUGUUUUGCUUGUAGCCUGAAUUUUUAAUAUUUUCCAUUUGGAGUGUUUUAGUGUCCUACAUUUUACACACAUUACUAAAUUAUAACUCUGUAACAAGAUCAGCUGAAAAUGUUUAGAAAAUUAAUGACUCUAAAUGGGUUAUAUAUGCCAGUUGCAUAAAUUAAAACACUGACAGAGAAAAGAUACACAUGUUCUGAUGAUAAAAGUCAGACCCACAAAUGCAUUCUUGCAAGACAGGGUAGAAUCAUACUAGACCAGUGCCUAUAUAAUAGAUAUAGACCACAGUCCAAACCAUUUUAAAGAGAAUUUGCUUAUGCUAAAACUUUGCUGCUUUGUUCACUUCCCACCUGCUAGAGUUGAAACAGACCCAGUGACCAAAUGGUGUAAAAAAGUGUACAAGUGUUAAUCUUGCCAAACUCAAAGGCCUUAAAAUGAUUUGCAUGUACAAAGAGACCAACAAUCUGAAUGCACAGCAGACAAAACUUGGAGGCUGUAAUGCUAAGAUGAGUAACAGAAACUCUUAACAACACCACAUUAACAGUUUAUUCUUUAAGAAAUCCACCAGAGAUAUACAGUAUAGGCACCUGUCACAAAACUUUCAAAAUGGCAUUGACAGAGUCAGCUGGAUGGUAACAAACAAUCGGUUUGCCAACUCACUUGACAGGAACUUGAUUAUAUCAUUUGGACAAUGGUCACUUGUGUUUCAGCCGACAUUUAAAACCUGAUUCAAAUUUUAAUCCAUAAACCAGAAAACACAUUUUAAAGUUAGACAUUAAACCAGCAAGCAGAUUAUGCAAGAGACGCCAGGGAAAUGACAUCCACUUCCUAAUAUUGAACUGCACAUUUGGUUAGUCUGACAGGUGGGUGUUAGGUGUUGCUGCCAAGAAAACAGUCAUAGGCUUUAAAAAAUAGAACAAAAUAGUAAAGUGAGUGUUUUUUUCCAGUUAUGAGACCUGCCAGAACAGUCAGAUUUCUUACAGUCUUUUUCUGAAUUUAUGUCACUUCUCUUUUCCACAUGAAACAUUUGGAUUUGUCAAAGGUUGGGAGAUAAUCCAACACAAAUAAUAUUGAAAAUCUAACAUUAGGGUUUUUUAAACAGGGGUAAAUCACACAAAAUGGGUUAUAUUACUCCAGAACUUCUCACCCUAUUGUUGGGGAACUUAAGCUGUCGAGGCCUAAAACAAUAAGCAGCACAGCUGGAAAUGUUGAUACUGAGAGAAUCUGAUUUAUGUUUGUCGACAAUUCUAGCUGUGGUUUUGACUUUUUUUCAAAGAGGAAAUAAUCAACACCUAGAAGUCAAGUGUUUUGAUAGAGAGGCGUUUAGGUUGAAAGAAUAAUUGAUGCGAGAUGUGUCACUAACCUACUAAUGUGCUUUACCUUUCAGCUCAGUCCACAUGGAGGAGUCCUCUGUGAUGCAGGGGGCCCAGGGGAUGCUGGUCCAGAACUGGCCCACAGUGUCCAGUGCUGCUGGUGAGUAAACGUCUGGCAGUCAACAAAUAGAGAGAGAAAACACACUUUGAGCAAAUACAUCAGACAGAAUUUAAUACAAUUUUAUACUCACACAUCUAUAUAAAAACAACUAGGCAACAUUUUUGAGAGAAAGCUUGUGAUUCAGUUCAAAGAACAGUUUUUUUUAGCUCUGUUGUGUAGAAAUGUCAGGCUAAUAUUUGUUGAAAUACAGUAUAAUCCUUUUUUCCAAGAAUUGUUAAAUUGUCCAAAUGUGAUGUGUCACCCAAAGUAUUGUUUUACAAAUAUCAGAUGGUCCGAGAGUAAAUUAACUGCCCACUGCAAGUUGUAUUUUGAGCCUCUGGUUUGUGGUGAGUCUCUAAAGCAUAAUGUGUGGGAACCCAUAAUAUUAGUGUUUAUGAUCUAGUUCUCACACUUGUGACUGGUAACCCCUUAGACGCUUAUUGCUUAGAGGCAAAGAGAAUCAACACAGCUGCUCAUAAACAGCUACAAUAAACCAGGGAAAGAAAAAAGAAUCCUCUUGUAAACAAGGAGGCGUAAACUAACCCUAAAAAUGGCAUGUUGGAAAACUGAAACAUAAACUAAUACGGUUUUAAGAGGGUACAUGCUCUGUACUACUGGGAUCCCAUCACUUGAAUUCUUGUAUUUUUGUAUGCAAAAAAGCACACUAUGAAUGGAAGAAACAAGACGUACUGAGUGUUAGAGUUGCUGUCCAGAAGUAUGUUUUUUUUACCCUUUUUGCUUGUCAGGCUAGUUAUUUUGCUCUGUUUUUGUGCAAAGCCAACCAUUGACCUCUCCAGCUUGACAUUGACUAUUCAGACUUGACAGUGGUAUUGUAAAGAGAAGUGUGUCUUUAGUUAAUGAAAAGAUAGAAAGUUGUUCCCUGAGUAGUGGAAACCAGAAAGGUUAAACAACUGAACAAGUCAUAAGUAUUUGUAUUAUGUAGCCUUGUUAGCAGCUACCGCUAUGAUGUUGUUAUGGUCCACUACCCAAAUGCAAAUCAGUCCAAAUUGCAAAUGGCAUCUGGUAACCCAGAAGAUUGGUACUUGGAUGGAAAAAUCUUGAGAUAAAGUUAUAUGUAGGCUGUGUCAGGUUAACCAGAGCAAUGACAACCAGCACAGGCAUGUGAACGUUAACCUGCACGGAUGACCGAAGGCUGGUGGUACUAGUGUUUGUACACCAGGCUUUAAGAUGGAAGUUGAAUAGCAUAAAUGUGUUGCUAGGAAGCUGGGUAGUAAGCAAAGCCUUGAUAGACGAAGAAAAGCUUUAAUAAAAGACAAAACUUUCCUAUUAUACGAUAAAUAGUACAGAGCUGUAAAAGUGACAGUGUUUUUAUCAGUCUACAUAUAUCCUGUUAGCCCCUCGCUAUCAAGUUUUGCCUGCUGUUUUGAUACGUAAUAAGUCAACUGGGAGAUGACCCAAUAGUUAUGAACUGGCAGGGGGCAUAUCAGCACCUACCAUAGUAGUUACAGACAUGCUUUUUGUUCAUAAUUUGAUUUUUUCCUAGUGCUUGUAAACUUAGACAAGGACAGUAGUCUAGAUAAAUCGCCUAACAGAGCCAUGACUGUAGCUCGACUGAACUGUGCAUGUAAAUGUACAGACUGUUUAUCUGGAGAGUCUCUGAUUCCAUGUUCAGCCAUGAUGAAAAGUUUGUGGUAAAUUUGAACAGUUUUCUUAAUUUUCUUAGUUUUUCAUCACAACUGUACCAUGAGGAUAGUCAGAAUUCAAAUUCCAGUGCAAACAAACAGGGACUUUGUUUUUUUAGAUCAUAGAGUCAUUACUUUCACCAAGAACGCAGACAAAUAUUUACAUUACUCUGUUCACCUCACUGUCAAUAUCUAUUCAAGUAAAAAACAGAGUCCCAUUUAUGAAUCCAAUCAGUGCAUUACAUCCUAUCAAGUGCAUUAAAUUCAUCUUUGUUAAACUUUGGCUCUGAUAAUGUGGCUGCUUUUUGACAGAUCUGUCCUUUUAAAUAUCUACAUGAUCUUGAAUUCCAGUGUGAUGUUCAUACAGAGCUUAACCGAGGUGCCAAAAGCCCGGGGCUCGUGUGCAGAGCCACAGAUAAACAACUGUAUCCUCCCAUAAAAGCAGCUGGCAGCAGUUAGAGCUGCAGACUGAAAGAGGCAACUGCUUUUUAAUGAGAAAUGAGAUGUCCUGAGUGGGCGUACGGAGUGAAAAUAUGUAGCCACACAGAAUAAAUGCACAAACAACUGGCCUUGGAGAUAACCUGCUCAGAUGCUGGUUCUUUGCUAAUGACUAACAGCCUGUGUCAGUUUUACUGAAGACCUUGGUAACUAAGAUUUCAAAACAGCAUGUGGAACAUUGUGAGCUGUUCCCUGGUUCCUUCGGCCGAGCUCGGCCAUUGAUUUUCUGUCAGUCUGCAGGAAUUAAAACAUAGGUAGAGACUUGAGGGUGAGGGGUGUAGCAUCACAGUCUAUCACUUGAUGAGUCAGUGACAGGAUAUGUCUCCCUGUCUGUCAGCUUCUCUCUGUGGAAAAUGAAAGCUGGGGAAUCAUUCAAGGUACAAGCUGUCUCUAAGUAUCUGUGUGCCAGUUUGCUGCAGAAAAAUGUGUAUCUUUUAGAGCAGAUGGAAAGCUAUGAAGACUCAAAUAUUGUCUCUUAAACAGGAUGCAUGGCAUACUGCAGAUAUUAGGGGUGCACUCUAGCAUUAGGAAAUCGUGUGUUAGGCAUAGACAUGCAUUGAAUUUCAGGUUGAUCCUCUUUAGUAUGCAUGAAGAGGUGGAGUCUUUUCAGUGACACAUUUUCACGUCUGCAGCAAAUUGUUAUCAUGAUGAAGUUGUCUGAUACGCUGUGAUGCAUCUAAAUGCGACACCCUAAAAAAAACUGUGUUUAUGUAAGUGACCUAUGUUGCAGAUGAGGAGACAUUUGUCUGAUGCCAGAGGGGGAAGAGAGGCUGUUAUCUGCAAGAAAGGAGAAGGAAGUUUAAAAAAGAAAAGGAAAAAAGAAAGAUCUGGUAACAUUCAAAGCAGUUUUGGGAAGGAAGAGCAAAGGAGAUGUACAGGGGGAUGGAGGGAGAGAGAAAAAAAGAGAGGUGUGGGGGGAGGAUAGAGGAAGAGAAAGGUUAAGAGGAUUGGCAGGUUCCUGCAGUAGUGUUGUUGCUAGGGAACGCCAUGUGACCUGUUGCCUGGCAACACUGUCUAACUGAGAGAUUGCUGCAGCAGCCGCACCCUCCAUCGGCGGGGAGUGGGCGAAGGCAGUUUCCAUGGCAACGGCUCAUAUCUCUGAAUGGAAGAUUUAGAGAUGGAAAAAAGGGAAGAAAAUAGGAAAGGGGACUCGACAAGGGCAGGUAUUAAAAGGGAAAAAGGCUGCAUUUCAGAGAGAAUAAUGUCGAAAACGGUUUUAGGUUGAUUUGUCAAAUGCUGAAUGGGUGAUGUGUUGCAUAUACUCACACUAGCUACUACACUACUCUCAGAUUUGAGCAUGCGCUACAAACCUCCAGAGGGAUUCAUUUUGAUUGGAACCGUAUCUUGGACUAGACAGGAAAUAACACAGCCUGUUUUAAAAUGUAGGACAGCAGGUUACACGUAACGAGGCUCCGAACACCUACAUUUCUACAGCAGGUGUCAUGGCAACCUCCUUACAAGGAGCCGCACUGACCUGCUUACCAGAUGUUACACCAUAAUCCGUUUCAAAUGCAUGUUUCCUCUGAAAUAUGGGCUAAUAUGAAUCAACAGCAGAGUAACUAAUAAUCCUCUAUGUUGGAGAAACAGCAGCAAAGCUCCUCACAGUUGUAUAAGACUUGUACAAAUUGUAACAGGACAUGCCAGUAAUGAAUUAAUUUUGCUACGUAUACACACACACACAGGCAGGAGUGUCUCAGUUCAGAACCAGGGUCAGGAAUCUAAUUAAACAAUGUCAGAGGUUUGGAUUUGUCACAGACAGUACAGAGAGCUCUGGGAUGUCCCAAGACUCAAAGACAAUAUGCACUUGAUUAGACGCUUCACAGCCUCUUGACAUUUCAAUGUAGGUGGUCACAGGCUUAUGAACUGCUCCAGCCCCAUAAGGUGCACAUAAGCUGCAGACUGUACCACAAUGACUUUAUGCUACAAUAAUUAUAUUUCAGAGUGAAGCUUAACUCAAAGUUACCAAACCUGCACAAAGGAUAAUACACUUUUGGUCAUGUAGUUUCAAACACUACAUUGGUACUGCCAUUGUUGAUCACUCACACUUUGGUUAUAUUAGGGAAGACAUGAUAAGAUAAAACUGUUAGUCCCACAGGAGAAAAUUCCAAAAUUACAGCAGCGUAAAUGCAAAUACAAAAGAGAAAUUAAAGGAUAAAUAAACUUAUAUACAUGUGUACAGUAUAUACAUAUACACACGUGGACAAAAUUGUUGGUACCCCUCAGUUAAAGAAGGAAAAACCCACAAUUCUCACUGAAAUCACUUGAAACCUACAAAAGUAACAAUAAAUAAAAAUUUAUUGAAAAUUAAAUAAUCAAAAUCAGCCAUUACGUUUGAAAUGUUGAUUAACAUAAUUAUUUAAAAAAAACAAACUAAUGAAAUAGGGCUGGACAAAAAUGAUGGUACCUCUAUAAAAGAUUGAAAACUAUUUGACCAGAGUGACAUGAUUAACUCAGGUGUAUCCUUUAAUUGACAUCACUGGUGUUUCCAAACUCAUAAUCAGUCAGUCUGCCUAUUUAAAGGGAGACAAGUAGGCACUCUGCUGUUUGGUGAAAAGGUGUGUACCACACUGAACAUGGACAACAGAAAGCGGAGAGAAUUGUCCCAGGACAUCCGAAAAAAAAUUAUAGACAAACAUCUUAAAGGUGCAGGCUAUAAAACCAUCUCUACACAGCUUGAAGUUCCUGUGACAACAGUGGCUCAUAUUAUUCAGAAGUUCAAGACCCACGGGACAGUAGCCAACCUCCCUGGAUGUGGCCGCAAGAGGAAAAUUGAUGACAGAUUGAAGAGACAGAUCGUUCGAAUUGUAUCCAAAGAGCCCAGGACAACCUCCAAAGAAAUUAAAGGUGAACUCCAAGGCCAAGGUACAUCAGUGUCAGAUCGCACCAUUCGUCGUUGUUUGAGCCAAAGUGGACUUCAUGGGAGACGACCAAGGAGGACACCACUGCUGAAAAAAAAUCAUAAAAAAGCGAGACUGGAAUUUGCAAAAAUGCAUGUUGACAAGCCACAAAGCUUCUGGGAGAAUGUCCUUUGGACAGAUGAGACCAAACUGGAGCUUUUUGGUAAGGCACAUCAACUCUAUGUUCAUAGACUCAAAAACCAAGCAUACGAAGAAAAGAACACUGUCCCUACGGUGAAACAUGGAGGAGGCUCAGCAAUGUUUUGGGGCUGCUUUGCUGCAUCUGGCACAGGGUGUCUUGAAUGUGUGCAAGGUAAAAUGAAAUCUGACAACUAUCAAGGCAUUCUGGAGAGAAAUGUGCUGCCUAGUGUCAGAAAGCUUGGUCUCAGUCGCAGGUCAUGGGUCUUCCAACAGGACAACGAUCCAAAACACACAGCCAAAAACACCCAAGAAUGGCUGAGAGAAAAGCGUUGGACUAUUCUAAAGUGGCCUUCCAUGAGCCCAGAUCUGAAUCCCAUUGAACAUCUGUGGAAGGAGCUGAAACAUGCCAUUUGGAGAAGACACCCAUCAAACCUGAGACAACUGGAGCAGUUUACUCAUGAGGAGUGGGCCAAAAUACCUGUUGACAGCUGCAGAACGCUCAUUGACAAAUACAGAAAUCGUUUAAUUGCAGUGAUUGCCUCAAAAGGUUGUGCAACAAAAUAUUAAGUUAUGGGUACCAUCAUUUUUGUCCAGCCCUAUUAGUUUGUUUUUUUUAAAUAAUUAUGUUAAUCAACAAUUCAAAAGUAAUGGCUGAUUUUGAUUAUUUAAUUUUCAAUAAAUUUUUAUUUAUUGUUACUUUUGUAGGUUUCAAGUGAUUUCAGUGAGAAUUGUGGGUUUUUCCUUCUUUAACUGAGGGGUACCAACAAUUUUGUCCACGUGUGUAAAUAUGGUUCAUUGCACACUAAGGUUUCUGUAUUAAGAUAUCCAAAUAAGGCCUUGUAAACUUACACAUAUAAUCUAAAGCGGAUAAUGGAUUUUUUUAUACAUUUGCAGAUACCAAAAGUUUAAUGAACACAUCACUUUGUUUCUUGUACCUAAACUUGGUUAUAUCAUGUUAUGUAGUAUUGUGGUCACGAUACAGAAAAAACAGUUGUGAGAUUUUGAAGAAAGAGCAUUACGUCAUAAAUUCACUAGUAUGAAGUCAAAAAUUAUGAUAGUGAAGUUGUGCAUUUAAAAAAAGUCAUACUUUUAGGAUAAACUUAGCCUGUAUGUUGAGUGGGAUUAUCAGAGGAACAGCCAGCAGCCUCCACAAAAAUCAAAAACUUGGAGCAUCCUGUGAAGUUGUAUUGUAGGAAAAGGUUUUAUUUAUAACCAAGUACCCAAUCUUUUCACACAUCAGCACCACAUUGUUAUAGGAAGCAGAAUUCUAGAUAGACAAGACAAUGAGUCUAUUAUGGAGAAGGAUGGGCUAAUAGGCAGCUUGUGCAAGCUUUUGCUGUCUGUGCUUGUUAGUUUCUUCUUGUAAGUUGAAAACUUAAUCUAUUCAACUUAAUUCUACAGAAUUUAUUCUCAUACUUUUGUACUUUAAGGCUCAAAAUCCCAUAUUUUUAACCUUUAAUCUGGCUCUAACUUUUUACCUUAAUGUAAGAUAAAAUCUGUGAAGCACAAUCAAAUUUCAGGGAGCUGAACAUUUGACAUUUCAUAAAAUGUUUGACAUUUGAAUCUCCAAAAGUUGCACAAAAGGCUUUUGCUAAUCUUUUGAUAUUUAGUAAAUACAGUCACGCUUCCAGAGGCCAAACCUUUCUUUGUCACUUUAAAGAAGAUUGUUGUUCAUAUUAACCUGGAAAUAUCUAAAGAAAUGCUGAGUUUCCACAGUAGACCAACAUCACCAGACAACAGCUUGAAUGUUUCAUUUAGGAAGCAGGUCAAUCUUAAAAGCUGUUUAAAGAUUCCCUUUUUUUCCUUAAAUACGUGUUGUCUUGGAUCUCUAUAUUUGAUUCUGUCACGAGCCAGAGUUAAACAAAAGGGAAAUGACCCAAAUGCAGAUUAAAAAAAAGGAUUUAUUUAAAAAGAACUAAAUGAAAAAAACUAAAACUUACCUUAAAAACACAAGGAGAAAAAAAAUCCCCCAAAAAUAAGGCUCUGGGGGAAAAAAACCACAAGGAGACUAGGGAAACAACAACAACUAUGAAAGACACUCACUGACCGACAAACACACACACACAAUAAACCAAACAGGAGAGAGGAGAAGACAGGGACUAUAUACACACUGGCAAACGAGCAACAGGUGAGGCAGACAAGACACAGGUGAAACUAAUGAGUGAUUAACGAGGGAGGGAAAACUAGGGAAGUAAAAAAAGACUAGAAACACAAGGAAUCGACUACAAAAUAAAACAGGAAACACUGAAAACUGAUAUAAAGAAUAAAACACAGAGAACUGGAGGGAAACGGGGUCAAACACAAACUACAAACUCACAAGACUGGAUCACAGGGGAGCAGGAAGACUAGGAACAAUACAAAAAAUGCACUCAACUAGAAACAACUAAAUUAACAGAACACAUCAUGACAGAUGUACACAGUAAGCAGGGUCUUAGAUAGCCAGAAAUUCAUGUGAUAUACACCUAAUAUCUCCUUUAAUGAGCCUGUGCACCACCCUUUAAAGUAACAUCUCACUUCAAUGACUUAGUGAAAGUAAUCUGCAGGAAUUUGAUGUCAACACUUGGUUUGAUUUGAUGCUGUAGUUUAAAAUGAAAUGGUGAGAACUAAUAACGACGAGAAGACCAUUUUUAAAUCUUAUUUAUAAUCACAUUACUGUUCUCUAAAAAUCCGCAACCUGCUGUCAGAUCCCCCUUCUCUGAAUAUCACCAGGUUACAGAAAUUAGUGAGUCAGUUAUAUAAAAUGGAGGUACAGUCAAUGUGAUCAGCGAUGCCAUCCACUGUGCCAUUGGCUUUCAAAGCUCCCUGGCCCUCUGUAUUUUUGCACAUCUCCCUUAAAUCACCGGCUGUCCUUUCAGCUUAUUUUAAGCGCGUUUGUCCUCCUCCACACAGGGUGCAAUCGUGCCUGCCUUACCACUGAGAGCCACUGAAUGGGACUUAUUUCAAACACCAGAUCCAGUUCCUGGGUUUAAUACCAGGAUUAAAAAAAAAAACAAACAGACAGACUAGACCAUCACAUGUCAUAAUCCCCUGAGACAGAUCUACAGUAUUAAAGCAUUAAAGCAACAACUCUGCUUGCUGAGGGUGAGAUAAGAAGGUGAUAUCUGACACAGGCUAAUUAUCGAACAAGCUAAUUCACAAAGGUCAAUUAGCUUUUUGGAUUUAUUUGUGAAAAUGCAACAGCAGACAUAAAUGUUAAAGCCAAAGCUGGGCUCAAUCUGGAUUUUUCUUUGCAGUCCUGGUUUCUCAUGAUAUCCUGGUCUUUUGCAUACUAAUUAUUUAAUGUAACUUAAAAAUGAACACUUCUAUUUUUAAGAAGACAACAAAUUAUUUAUGUGGGACCGUGUUCUGACUUCUCCAUCACGUGGUAUGUCUCUGCUAUUUUGGAGCAAAAUUAUCCAAACCACUGCUGCUUUACUUGAAACCAUCAGUGCUUCAACACAAUUUGAUUGCAUGAGUUAACAUACGAUCAAUAUUCAGUGAGUCAAGGUUCAAUAAUAUAUAACAGCGCUCUAUGAAAGGCGAGCAGGGGUCUGUAUACUUCGUGCAGGGCUGCGCUCUCUUGUAGAUUGUGGGGUAUUGUCCAUUACAUCUGCCUUCAUUAUAUUCUUUAUGAGUAAAUUAGUCUCACCCUCCAUGAGCUCAUUUUGGGGACUCAAAGGGACACAGUGUGUAUGAAAAGUGUGUAUUUUCAAAAUAGUGCUCUUCCCAAUGGGACGGUGUUUGAAACCAUUUCAGAGCUCCAGCAAUGUCAUAAAUAGCCUACAAAGAAAAAUCAAACAGAAUCUUUUCGCAUGGGCCUGUGUUUGAUCUAAAUAAAAUCCAGACUGAAAGUAGGUCAGUGCAGAGGGAACUGGUGUGGGCCUGAGAGCACCGUGUCUGCAAAACCCGCCCACCCCCAUCUUUCUUGCUGCCUCUCUCUCCCUCACACUCUCUCUCUCGCUGUCUUUUUUCCCUCUCCCUUCUCAUCUCCUCUGACAGUCCUUGUUCCUUUUCAUUCUGGCAUCUUUGACCUUUUGACCUAGCUUCAUCUUGUUUUCACUUCAGCAGAUGAUUUCUUAUUUAUUAGUUUCUUAUUCUGUCUUGCUUUUUGGGGUCCUUUCUGUGUCACAUCAAUGCUUAGGCACUAAAGGUUGAAUCCCUGUCUUUGGCACUCCUAUGAGAGCAGGAUUAAGCUGCUGCCAUCAUCCAAAUACAGAUACAACUAGAAAUCCCUUUGCUGAGUUAAACAUCCCCGUGAUUUGAAGGUUAGUCCUCUCUAGUGUUCCCUCCUGCGGUCUCGGCUGAAUCGCUGUCCUGAAAAUAUCCACUCCCUGUGGCUAUCGCUGCAUUGUCAGGCUGGCGCUCUACUCACUUUUGCUUGAUUUCUGUUGGUCCUUACAUGUCAGAUUUUAUAAGGAUCUCAAAGACACAAGGAAAUGUCUGAAUAAGGGACAGCAUGACGAGCUGGACAGUCAUUUUUUUAAACAAUUGACAUCGUAAAAAGUAAUAAAGGAGGGACUUUACCUCAGCAGACUGUUCCUACCAUAUGCCAGGGAUGAACAGAUUGGUUGUCUUUUUAUUUCAUUAUAUAUUUCAGCCUUUUAACCAGAGGGAAGUGUUAAACUUUUAAACAUUUCCCCCUCUGACAUUAAUAUUAUAUAUAUUUUUUAAGAGUAAAUUUGGGCUUUUCUUGCCUUCACUGAGAGGACAGAGUUGAAAACAGGGAUAAGAGUGUGGGGGAUGUCAUGCCACAAAGGGCCAAGGGUAGUCGCUGAACUCUGGGCUAAUGCAGCCUUUGUACAUGCAAGCAUUAUUAAAUAACUACUUUAAACCAGUGUCCCAACAUUAUUAAAAUCCUCAGUGUUUUCCUGGAAAUCCCUGUCCAUGAAUUGGAAUGUUUAUCCUCCUUUCAGAAAGAUCUGAUGAAAAACACAAAUGUUGCACUAUCACCCCCCUAACUGUUCAAGUCAAACCCAUCCUAGUCAGGAAAAAACUGUUGAAACACAUUUGGAACCAGUUCAAUAACCAAAUAAGAAACACUGCAUGACACUUGACGGGAAAAAGAAGCUGACCUCUGACUAAUCUGUGGAUCAGACCCUGGGUGCUAAAGUCUGGUAUUUAAGUUAGGGUGAAGGAUCUGCAGCAUGUCAACAUGCUUUUAUAGGAAAUCUACAAACACAAGUUUAAUCCUUUCAUCCAGAGGUUCCCUACUAGUCCAGGAACUAUGGCAGAUUUCAUAAAUGCAAAGGUGCAAAAAUGAACCACCCAGAAGUCAGAGUCAAGUUGGCAGCCUUCUCCCGGGAAUUUUAUUGCAGUCUGCAGCAUCAACCGCAUCUCACGACAAAUCAGCCGACGGACCCAGAACCAAACAAUCCCAAAUCCUUUAUACUUCUCCAAUGAUGUUAGCUAUGGUUUUUCACGUAAGUGGUCAUCUGAAGUGUUAUCUUCCCCUAAGUGUACUUCACAUUGGUGGCUGAUAGCCAACAAGGUGACUUUUUCUGUAAACAUGUUUUGCUCGCUGGUCGGCUCUGCCAAAUUUCCUUUCGAAUUUUGGCAGAGCCAUGUGUGACAAGGUCGACGUGACCUAGCAUCCUUAACCCAAACACACAUUUAGUUCUUACAGGUUUGUAAAGUCUACAGCAACAGACUCUGGUGAAGCUAACACUUACAUCUAUGUUGAGUUCAAUGACUGUAGUGUUAGUGGUCAUUCAUGUGUUCAUUCACUUUUGCACUUUGAAAAAGUCAUGGUUAGAGAGCCUUUAAUAUUUUCUGUCAUAUCAUUCCAAUGGUGUUAAACUUCAUGUCAACCCCCUGUUGGUGAUCUGGAUUAGGUUGGAGAAUAGGCUUGAGUUUCAGGGUCCCAGACAUCUCAAAAUAACACAAUGAGCAGCAGUACUAUGAUACUGUAAAAUCAUGACUUUUUUUGCCUAACGUAAUAAAGUUUAGUGAAAGAAGCACCAUUUCAUACUCGCCCAUGCCUUGCAUUGCAUUGCAAGAGCCGCAUUUAUAAACAGAGCUGUCAAUCAUGGUGUUGAUCUCUUCUAACAACAUCAAAUAACUACUAUAAGGCGGGCUUUAUGACCAGUACUGCUGCUAGUCAGUAAAGGGAGCUCCAUAUGUUUUGGUUUAACUUUGGGGAGAUACUUACAUUCAAUUUCACUCCAAGUUGGACCAGUUUUUUUACUCCUUCUAAUGUGGUGGAUUAUUGUUUUCUGCACAAUUUUCUUUUUUUGUCUUCCAGCUUCAUAUUUUACCUUACAUGAAAUGGUUGUUGAUUAGUUGUUGAUUGCUUCAGCUACUUCUCAGCAACAAAGCCCCUAAACUGACCCCCUAAAAUAUUGACUCACUCCUUCUAUAAAAUAUUGUGUCCAAAUUUUCAUGUUUUUUUCCUCUUUUUCAUUUACAUCUUUAGAUGGAGAGGGUGGUGGAGAGCUGUCACCCCCAGUGGGCGCCGGAGUCAACUGCAACAGCUGGCAAUUCAGAUACGGUGCCCAACAAGGCUACGGCCCUCCUCAGCCCCUGAAGCCCGGAGAGAUUCCCCCUGAAGCCUUCAUCAUCCCUGGAUCCCCAGCCAUCAUCUCUAUCCGCCAUGACCCUGGCCCUGUGGACGACAAAGGAGACUUCAUAAGCUUUGGCAAGAAGGAGGAGGCCAAGAAGAAGAAAAAGAAGAAGAAGGACAAGAAGGACAAGAAGGAGAAAGGAAAGGAUGAUGGGGAUGAGUAGAGGAGGAGGGGUGACUUAAGAACAGAGCUACCAACAAAACACCAUCCCAGAAACAGAGCCAGAAAAAAGCCAAAUGCAUAUUGUAGAACCGAGGGAGCCUGCUUGCAUUAUAUUUGCAUAGACAUUGUACAGUGGCCAAACCCUCAUUAGACCAGGCCUGGCUCCCUACUCCAUGCAAACUUGCAAAACAGUAAAAUCUCUCUUGGCUUAUUUGGCCCAUAUCUUUGGUCUCCAAAAGUCAUAAGUUUAUGGCAAACAAAUACUCCAAGUAAACAGACUUCAUGUAAAGACUGGACCAAAUUAAACACUUUCAAUUGAAAUGGAUUACAUUCUGUGAUUCGCUGCCCCUGUUUGUAUGAUAAAAACAAAAAACACCUGAGAAGGUGUGCUAUUUGUAUCUGACCAUUGUCAGCUGAGGCUGCCCAAGUUGGCAUCUCUGUCUUUAUGCAGCCCCCUUCCCCUUUUUAGCUCACCUACUGAAAGGUGAAGUCAAAGCCAAACGAAAUAAAAAUGAAACAGGCUUUUUUCCAGAGUUACUGAGGCCUUGUAGAAAUUCAGAAAUUGUGGUCUUUUAUAUAAAAAAAAUGAAAAUAAAAACGAAAAAGUAACAACAUACAGUAUAUGUACCAUGAGAUUAAUACCUUUGGAUGACUAAGGUAACUGGACCACCCUCUAAUAAAGAGCUCUGUUUCAGUGUUACAUAGCACAUCGCAGAGGCGGAGGACCUGGACUGGGUUGCACCAACUAUGCGCAAGUUUGUUCCCACAUUAGGGUUUAAAGUAGUGGCUUCAUAACUGUUGGUUGAUUUGCAAUUAGCAAGUUACUUAAUUCGAUUGUACCAUGGGUAGUAAGGGGGGGGACUGUACGGCUAAAACUAGUUAUAACAUUAAGAAUCAUACGAGUAUCCAGUCAGUAAUAGCAUAAUCUUGCUGAGGGGUGUAAACCAGAAUAAGCUGUAGAUAACUAGAUUGGCAUUAAACGAUGAUUGGUAGAUCCAUGUUUGACUCUUAAAGGAUAAUGGUGGGUUUUUGGCUGUUUUGGCCCAUUCUCUACCAAUAUGAUGUACUCAAAAUCACUGCAUACCAUUUAGCUAACUCAAGUGGCCAUAUUUUAAUUAUUAUAAAACCAACACAAAGACUUUUCCAUUGCUAGAAAUUCAUCCAGGUAAAAAAAUCUGUAAGUCAUCAUCCUAACAAUACUUCCCUAAACAAAUUCAACACAAAAAUAAUGGUGAACAUUAUCAAGCAAGUGCAAACAUGUUAAUUUCAAUGUCUGUAAUUCGGUUGAAUCCAAAUUCUGCUUGAGGAGAAAAACAAUUAACACCAAACUGAUAAUUAGUCAUCAGUAAAGAUCAAUUGGUAGGCAAUGGGUGGAGACAUCUAGAAAAAAUCUACCUGCUAGUCCUUUAAAUUGCAAAAUGGCAUGAAAGCUCUAGAGAAAAGAUACACUGUGUGCAAAAAUAGAAGAAAAAAAAAACUUGCUUUUACUGUUAGUGAGUGCAAUUGUGUGACUCUGUAUCAUUUGCACCUGCUUUAUUGCUUGCCUAGCUAUUUAGUUGUUACUUACGGUUCAGUUUUGUGGUGAUACCGCUUGUGUUUUAGCAAUGCGUGAAUGGGGAUGAGUCACUAUGACUUUGGAUUUAAAUAGGGAACCUACGUGCAGCUGAUGCAACCGACCUCUGACCUUGUCUCUUUUAGAACAUGGCACAGGUCAACGGGUCUCACCCAGUCUGACGCACAUGUUGUUCUACAUAAACACUGACACUCUCAUAUACACAACAAAACACACACACACUCUGCUACAUCCAGACAUACAAAUACACAAAUAUACACAAAAAUAUCAAUUUUCCCUCUCUAGAAAGACUGAAGGCCAGUGUUGUCUAUACUUUGAGAGUGUAUUAUAUGGCUAAGAAGCAGGAACGUUGCUUGUUGCUUCAUUUCUGUUCAAGCCUGACCCUCUACUUCUGUCUCUGAAUGUUUCGUAGUUGUUCUUCAAGCCCUGCAUCACUGCCUCGAAUGCUUCAGCACUUGUAGGAUUCGCUUAGCCCGCUGCCUGUUUCUUCCCUCUACUCCUGCUUCUUGAAGUCAACACAGUCAGACGACAUCUUUUCUAGUCACUCUCCUUCAAUGAACUGUGCCGUCGCAUCCACGGUAACAUGCGUGCAUUUGCGUAUUAACAGACACACACAUACAAACUACAGUUGCACACACAGGCAUACAUCCUUUGUUAGGUUAGGCGUGUCUCUCCUGAUUGCUCACUGUUGACAGCUCUGUCAUCUCUGGGAUUGGUUGCGCGCUUUGCAUCGUAACGUCGCCUGACAGUUUAGCGAAAACUGAGACAAUGCUGUGGUGGAUAUAAUGAGACAAGAUGAAGGGACAAGAAGAUAGCAGUCAUUACACUAUAUCAUGUAGCUCCAGCGUAGAUGAUAAAGAAACUAGUGCAGAGUUAAUGGGGGCAAGCCAGCCCUGUUUAGCGCGAGCAGAACAGCAGGUGUUGCGGUUAUUUCUGUGUGUGAGUGUGUGAGCCAUUAGUGACGACUGAUAGACUUGGGCCAGCUAAAAAACACUUGGAAAAUAAGUGAGGCAGCAGUGGGAAGAGGUUGAUGGUUGAUUGGAAGAAGGGGGGAGAAGUACUGAUGGAUUAAUGGAGGUGAAGCGUGCUGUUGACAGUCUAUAGCACUGAAAGUUGAAAUGAUAGACGGACGAAUCAGGGACAAUGGUACCAUGCAGCGAAAGAGCAAAGAUUAACACAAGUUGAUAGUAACAGCUGGCAGUAACUUACUAUUUUACAUAACUUUGCCUAUGUGCUGCAUGAAAACAAAAGGAUUUAUGAUAGAGGGGAUGUGUUUCAUGGGACAAACCUUCAAAUUAAAGCAGAAUCUGGGGACGAGAGAUAAAUUUAUGGCGUUGGAGUUGAUUUGGUUUCACUUUUUAGGGAAGUGUUGCAAGAAAACAGUUCAAUGGGGAGCAAAAGGAGCCGACUGCAUCAACCGUGAUAGGUCGCUGAAUUCAGAGGCUACUGUUGCAAUGAUUUUAUAAAAAUUUUUAUGCAGUGAUUUAACACAUUUUAUCCAUCUCUUUUGAUUACAAUCUGAUAAAAGGGUAGAUAGUAACUAUAAUGUUUUUGCUGUUGCCUGUCAACUUGAACACAAUUUUUGCAUCCUGUAUUGCAAGUUCAGACUGUUAGCAGUGACCAGGAAAGAGUCCUAGUCUUGCAGAUUAAAUGACUGCUGAAGCCCUGAAAUAUUGCCUGUAGCCCCAAGAGGCUAAAUGGUUAUCAGACGAUAUCCAACCAGCUCUGAGAUUUCCCUGACCUAAGUGUAGUGUGUGAGAUUUACAGCUUUCUUUGAGCCUGAUAGUGUAAAGCCCAGGUCUAGUGUGGUAGAGAAAGGUUAGUAGAUAUUGGACCAGCAUCAAGAUGAUGUAAAGUGUCAUAAAAUCUCACCUCAGUGUUCCUUUCUUUAGACCAUCAUCUUACCAGUCACUGUAGGGGUAUAUAGGUGCUGCUAUAAGGCUCAAUCUCUCCCAUGCACACAUUUCCUCCCUUCGUCUUCUCUCUCUCUCUCCCUCUCUGUCUCUCUCUCUUUCUCUGCCCCCUCUGUCCUUCAGGUGUACUUCUGUGCUGUCAGAUCACCAAGUGGCUGUUUGCAUGUUAUAAGCAAAGGAAACAGAUACUAUAUAAAUACUAUAUAUACAUAGAUAUGUUUUUCCACUGGGAAAUGCGUAUUGGAAUACAUAUACCUCUGAUACACAUUCUCAAAGACGAUUCACACACAUGUAAAAAAAACCACUCUCAUCCACACAUACACACACGUAUACAUACAUACAUAAAAUAUACGCUAUUGCGAAACAGUAAAUUGUGGAAAAACCUAAAAGAAUCACAUUUUUUAUCCUGUUGAAAAUGACUUUAAUCUUCUAGAUAUACAUAAUGCUAUUGUGUUAUGCUAUGAAAUGCUUUUUUUGUUUUCAGUUUAUACCCAUAUGAUUUUCAUAGGUAAGAAGAUCAGUCCUUAAAGUUGUGUUAAGCUUCAAAAUGAUGAUCAAACACUAUUGUGGAAAUCAAAUCAUUUACUCACCCUUCAUAUCUAUCCCUUACCCUGUAGAUUCAAUAAAAAGAGAAAAGGAAUAAAAAAAAAUGAAAAUACAUGAAAAUAUGUGAAAAAAAAAUAAAGUUGAUGUAUUCUCUGCUUGUGUAUAGUGAAUGUUCCUCAGUCACUGGGUGUGGCGGUGAGUCACAUCCCCGUGGACUGUGACAGUGCAGAUCUGUUAAUAACUUUUUUUGUACACCUGCUCAUCAUUGUAAAGGUGAUAAUAGUGAUUCUUAUGAUUUCAUCAAUCUGGUAUCAAUGUGUUUUGUUUAUAAGUCACAAAUAAAGUUUUUCUUAAAUAUCUUAAUAUUCAA